AUGACCGAUCUUAGCAAGUCCGAAGCCAUCGACGAAGUGGCCGCUCUUUUCGAAGGAAAGAAGAAAAAGACCAGAUCUGUCGAGGAAGAUGGCGACCACGUUGCGGUGCAGAUUCAGCUCAACGCUCGAUACCGCGUCUUCGAUUUCUCUGGAACUGUGCCAUUCAGCAUAGUAUUCGGGCUCGUCCGCAAAGCUCCAUCAGACAAAGAUCCCAGACCUUUGAUACUCCACACCCACCAAUCUGUGCUAGACGUACCAUAUGCACUUGCCAAAGGAAUGCUCACAUUACAUGUGCAUGAAAGCGAUCGAGAAGUGCCGGUCGACGUGAGUCGGAUGCUUCACACACCUGAUAAUGAGGCCAUUUCGGUCACUCUUCCAUCACCCGUUGAGCGAACGGAGAACUGGAAGCGAUGCAUGUCUGUUUAUGAGUACAUUAUCAAGCCUGCAACCAUCCUUGCCUCGCUUUUUGAUGUCGGAAAGAGGUACUCCUUGCGAGUCCAUCCAGCAUAUCAGGACACAUCCUUUUCUUCAUACGAGUAUCUUCCCCAGGCAGAAGCGGUCGACAUACAGCAGCAGGUCAACGAGAAGCCGAAGGCACUCACCACCGUGGCUCAUGGAAGAGCCUUCUUCAGGUCCAUUUCGUCAGUGCCAAUUCCGCCAGUUUUGCAGACUCGGAUGCGACUUUGUCCCUCUGCGCCCGGCGAAGAAAGGGAAGGACCCGCGCAGCUUGAAAUCAGCGUGACAAAUACUGGCUCAGAACCGAUCACUGUGCAGGCACGCGGGCGUCAGCGUUUCCUCGUAGCGAAAGGACCGAUGUUUGAUGCAGAAGGGGAGGUAACAGAUGAUGGGCGGCCACGCAUUGUCGAUAAACAUCUGCCAGCACCUGCCUCAUCUCUUCGAGUCAUCAACGUUGAAAACGGAGAGGUAAUACUGGAAGCUUCGAAACCUGGGCCAUGCGGCGGUGCUUCUAAUCCCAAGAAAAUGGAAGACACUCGGCCAAAGCUGGAGGCUCUGGUAACUCUGAAGCCUGGCGAGCCUCUAGUGAAGCAGGUGGACUUCAGCCAAAUCAUGGCAAAGCUGCCAGACGGAAGAUAUGGCAUACAAAUGGAGCCCCGAGGCAUGUGGUGGUGUGUUGGUGAUCGCGAUGAUUUUGGGAAUGCGAGCGAGGGGCGUCUGCCGCAGCAUUUGUGGAACACAUCGAUCCUGCCGGUGAUACUUGAAUGCGCUGAUACUAUCGAGGUGCAAGUAAGUGGAGGCAGGAUCGCGGGUUACAUGUAG